UCUCGCGUGCUCGAACGGGGAAUAUCGUUCGCGCGUUUCCAACAAGGCCCAAGACUCGGGACGGUCCUCGGGACUUUCCAUCGAACUCUUACUUGCGAAAAACGUAAAAUUCCACUUUUGCGGUUUCUCUCGAACGCGCGGACGGACAGUGAGGGGCGAGAGAGAGAGAGUUCCUGCGUUAAAGUCGAGCGCGUUCGGCUAAAUGAGAGUCCCUCGCGGAUAAUAGGAAGACACGUCUCUCCUCUUUCCCGUUUUACCUUCCGUCCUUCCUUUCCUCUUUUCUUUUUUCCUCCUGCAUCUAUCUGUCCUCGACCGCGGAUCGCGAGUGCACAAUCCGCGGGCGUUUCGUAAUUACCCGGGGAACGGACAUGGCCGACCGUUUCUGGAGACUGGCCCUGUGCUGGAUAUGCAUCGUCGAGUUUGCACGCGCCAACGUGCAAAGCAAAGUAAGAUGUACCGAGCAGAUGAUGGAAGUGGACAUAGUGAGGAGUAGUCCGCAGGCGAAGAUAUAUCUGCAACAAUUCAAGCAUUUUCCAGAUGAGGCCUGUAAGCCGCAAUUUCACGAUGGUGUUGCCACAUUCAAAUUAUCGCUGUUAGAGCAGGACAUGUUACGAUGCGGUAUCACGAGAGUUCUCAACAAAGUCACGGGUCAGAAAAUGUAUUAUCACCGGGUGAUAGUGGAAGAGCCUGCGGAUGCCAGUAAGCAUACAUUCACCGUGAAAUGCGUAAUCACCGAAGUCGUUGUGGAGCCAGAGAUCGCCAUCGCGGCCAAUCACACGGCGGUACGGCGAAGCGUCCUUCCGGCGGGCUUUCAGGAACCUGAAGUGAUCGACAUACAUGAUGAAAUUUCGGGAGCAGCGCCGGUUCCCAUUCUCGGUGUAGGAGUCAGACAAGGUGGUACCUUGGUGACCGGUGAACUCAAUGUCAGCCCUGGUACGCCGUUGCAGAUGGAAAUAUUUUUGGACAACGAUUCGGCUCCGAUCUAUGGCCUGUUGGUGACAUAUAUGCUGGUUACCGACACUAAGACGCAGGAGGAAACGAUUAUUAUUAAUGGGUGCUCAGUUGACCCUUAUUUGUUUGAAAAUUUCAACACUGUAGAUGGUGACUUUCUGACGGCAAAAUUCCGAGCUUUCAAGUUUCCGGAAAGCACUUAUGUACAGUUCCGCGGUACCGUUAAUGUCUGCUUGGAUAAAUGCCCAGGGAUCGAAUGCAGUAACGGCCAAGUCGGUUUCGGCAGAAAGAGGCGAGCCAUUGAGAUGUCAGGGACCGACAAGAACAAAUUGUUCGAAGUAACCAUGUCGACGUUCAUCAAGGUCGAUUCCGCGGACGACGUCAUGAUCGAUCAAGUGCUCUCGGAGUUUAUCAGGAAGGGGAAGAACAGGACGCACACGAAAGAAAGAGCGGUAAUCGCUGAAGAAGUUAGAGAGCAAUCCAGCCCGACGACUAUCAGAACGUACGAGAGGACCUUUCUCGCGGAAGAGAUCAAGGAACAGUUUAAAUACAAAGUCACCGAAGUGGUAGUUAAUUGCUCUUCGCGUAGUACUCUCAGUCUGAGUCUUCUCCUGAUCCUCCUUUGCUUUUAUAAAUUCCUAUAGGCAAUGAGACCCCGAUAUUUUCCGACAGAUGAUCACUAAUUGUAAAUAACACGCAAUCUGAGACACAUUCGUUGAAAGUGUAACGGAAAAUAAGACGAGUAUCGCUUUUGAGAACGAUUAAUUAACUCACUGAUGAAUAAUCAGGAUCUCGAUUACAAUAACAGCGGCUCACUAAUUACGCAAAUCCUGAUCAAGUGAUUGUCGACUGUACAUAGUCAAAAUAUGUUUGGAAGAAAUUUCUAAUCAAUGCUAAUUUUUUGAUAUAAUUUCCGUUCUCAAGUAGAAAAUCAAGGUUCAAGAAUAUGAAAUUGCCGUCCACGUUGGAAACACUUUGUGUGUGAUAUUAAAAUACAAUUAACACGAGAGAGUUAAAUACAUAAAUACAUGUGAACAUGUUGGACGACGCUGAUUCAGCAAAGCCAGAAUGGCAAGUUUGAAAUACGGAAGUAGCUUGCGGAAUGAAUUAUCUGUCUUGGCGCUAACAUAAUAAAGCAGUAAAAUGUAUCCAUAAGAUUUCUCCGCUCUGCGACCGCCGAAUUUUCAGUUAUAACGUUUCUCAUUUUCUAGUUUUACUGUACUUAACUUUUUUUUAUCGCAUGUCACGACACUGCCGUAGCUUGAAGCAACUGCGAGAGGAAAAUUGGCCUUUGCGAGCGGAGAAAGCCGAAGACCUAGUCGUGCGACGAGGUGUAAUAAUGCAAUGCGACUUAAUUAAUUACUAAGUAAUUAUUAAUUGCGUAUUCGUAAUUUCAGUCUAAUUUUAAUACGUUAAAUAAAUGUAAAAUAAUUAAAUACAAUAGCUGACGCAGCAUCACGACAAUUCUUUUUUUAUCAUAAUUAUGAUUAAUUUCUAAUAAGCAUUUUAAGAAUUUAAUUAUAAUAAUAAAUUUAGAGAAUUUUCUAAUAGAAGAAAUUUAGAAUGUGAAAAAUUUUCAUGAUUACGAGAAUUUAUAUCGAUGUUGACUGUGAGACAAAAUAUAAUGCGCUGCAUUACUGAAAUUACAGCAGAUUUCAAUCAGAUAAAAGAAGGUGCGUUUAGAAGGAACUGUACGAUUGCAAAUGACAAUUAUUAAUAAAAUGUAAAAUG